AUGACAACAUACCAAAAUCCACAGAGUGUUCCGGCUUAUCCAAAUCCUCAAUAUCCUACAUAUCCUACUAAUCAGAACCCUUCAAAUGGGUAUGCAGGAGCCCAACAAUACCAAGCUAAUAGAAAUUCUCCUAUCAUUUAUAUACAUCCCAACGAACCAAAUCGAGCAGAAAAUGCUCAAGAGCCCUCAUUCAUGAGGACUGAUAAAAAUGAAAGAAAAGACUUUAUCAAAAAAGUAUAUGCUUUGCUAACCAUUCAGCUUGCCAUAACCACAAUUUUUGCAGGAAUUACAGUUGCAGUAAAGCCUUUAAGAGAUGGGCUUAUAUUAACUUAUCCUUUAUUUUGAGUCUGCAUAUUUAUAUCCAUUGUUUUGCUAAUAGCUUUAUUUUGCAGCAGAAGAUUAUCAAAAAAAUACCCAUAUAACUAUAUAGCACUUUUUAUUUUUACACUACUAGAAUCUUAUAUUAUAGCGUUUAUAUGUGCAUAUUCAGAGCCUCUUGCUGUGCUUGCUGCAGCAGUAAUGACUCUUUCAAUUACAGCAGGAUUAACAAUCUAUGCUUGAAAAACAAAAAAAGAUUUCACGCUUAUGGGAGGAUUGAUCACAGUGCUAAUUUUUUCUGUAUUUUGGUUUGGGAUUUUUAUGAUUUUCUUGUAUAGUACAUUUCUUUAUUUGAUAUAUGCAUUUAUUGUUGCUUUGAUUUUUGGGUUCUAUAUUGUGUACGAUACUCAACUAAUUGCAGGAGGAAGAUAUAAUGAACUAACAUAUGAUGAUUACGUCAUUGGGGCGUUGCUAUUGUAUAUAGAUAUUAUUGGGCUGUUUUUAAUUAUUUUGUCACUUUUUGGAAAUAAACGUUCGUAG